AUGCAAUCAAUCCGCUCUACAAUCCAACGAGUUCCUCGACAACUCAACCGCAUCACCAAGCCUACGAUCACAACCACUCGACGCUUUUCCAACGCACCAGCAACAAUGUCUCUCUUCCCACGAUUCACUCAGGAAUUCGCUCCUAUCUUCCGUCUCUUCGACGAGUACGAUAGGCAAGCCUUCCGCAACCUCGACCGCGAAUUCACCAACGUCCGGUCCUUCACUCCCAAGUUCGACGUGAAGGAAACCAAGGAGGGCUACGAACUCCACGGAGAACUCCCCGGUGUCGAGCAAAAGGACAUCAACAUCGAAUGGACCGACAACAACACCCUGACCAUCUCGGGCCGCCACGAGCACGUCCGCGAGGAAGGUCAACGCCCUCAGGGCUUCAUCGAGAACGGUGAAGCUUCCCAGCAGAAGAAGCUUCAGCCCAAGGUUGAGGACGACCCCAGCGAGUCCAACAAGGUCGCCAAGCAGUCCGAAAACAAGGACGUCUCCAAGCACGACGAGAACAAGGCCAAGUACUGGGUCAGCGAGCGCUCAGUCGGAGAAUUCCACCGCUCCUUCGCCUUCCCCGCUCGCGUCGACCAGGAAGCCGUCAAGGCUAGUCUCAAGAACGGUAUUUUGAGCAUCCUUGUUCCCAAGGCUCAGGCUCCUCAGCCCCGUAAGAUCAGCAUUGAGUAG